AUGAGUCCACAAUUCUUCGCUAGGGCACCUUCAAAUACAAACGUUGAGGAAGGCUCGACGGAGAAUGCCCAGCCAUGCUUGCCAGAAAUUUCGUCGGACGCCGCCGUCCGCAGUCGUAUGGAGCGGCUGAAACAAGUCUCACGUGACCAGGACGAGGCUGUGCGGCGGGAGCAGUUCCUGGCCAGCUACGAAGAUGCCCGACAAGGCGUCCAGGACCGCAUGCGCAAUCUCAUGGCCCAGCUCCGCACCGAGAUGCUGCGCAGCCCUGCGGCUCAGAAGCAGAAGCCAACAGCUGUCCCACCCACAUGGACGGAGGAUCCGGGCGUCGAGGAUCCAAGUCCAGCGGACGUGCUUCACGACACGAAGGUGUCACAGCAGUUCAGCGAGAAGGCAGCCGCACCGAAAGAGCAUUGCAACGCUUGCGGAGUUGUGCUGGGGAAGAGACACCUGAACCCGAAGCAUCAGUGCCGCCUCUGUGGAGCCACAGUUUGCGCCACCUGCUCUCCAAACAGUCUGAAAUUGGACGAGGGUAGCGCUGCCCAGCGGGUGUGCAACCCCUGUGUUGAGAUCGUGCCGCAGCAGCCCGACCUUCUGAGACGUCUUGAUGCCUUAGCGCGGUACCUGGAGACUCACGUCGGAAGGCCAUCGGAGGGCGACUUCCUCGAAGCCUCUGCGAGCGUUGACGCGGCGUUGGGGCGCUGUGAGGGCCUCCAGCGCGCCCUCGGGGAGGAGAGGAUGCGGCUCAUGGCCAAGCUCGAGGAGGUGACCGAGACCUGCGCCUCGCGUGCGCGCUUGGUGCGCGCAGGGCGAGAGGAGGAACCCGGCCCCAGCCGCCCGCAGUCACCCUCAGACUACCUGGGCGCACCCUCUCAGAGCACCUUUUUCUCGGCGCACAGUCGCGAAGCGCCAGAACGUAACAAGUGCUGCGUCGACCGUAGCCAGUGCACACUUCAGUGA